AUGUGGGGAUUCGACGACGGGGUCGCUGGCGACUCCUUCGGCGACGGGGAGCCGAUGCACGAGAUAGACGACGCGUGGGCGAUUGGCGAGCCCGUCGUGAACGACGAAUUUGGCGAAGGCGAACCUCGGUCGCAGCUGGGUUCGUCGCAAUGCACGAAGUCUUCGCUGCCGGGCUACAGCUGCUCCGCUGAACUCAAGGGCAAAGAUUACAUCCUCCACUGGACCGUCGGCAUCAAGUCCGUCUCUUACGCCGCCGAAGUCGCAACCACCGGCUGGGUCGCCCUCGGCUGGUCCAAGGACGGCAACAUGAUCGGCAGCGACGCAGCUAUUGGCAAUCUGCCUCCUGGCACCAUUACUGACACCGCGAACGGCAACCCGCCCCCCAUUGGUGCUUACUACAUUCGCGCGAAGAACGCGGCGGACAUUGUGCCGAACCCGCGUCUCGGACUGUCGUUGACUGCUGUGACAACUCGCGACGGCAAGACCAUUGUCGAAUUUGAGAGGGAAUUGGCUUCAGGCAACGUCCCCCUAUUUCUAGAUGCUUCUGCUAAUGUCAUCUUCGCUUACUCCGACUCAAAUUCAAAGGAACUGAAAUAUCACGGUGCCAACAGGGGUUCUGCGAGGGUUGGAUACAAUAAUGGCACAACUACAAUUACCACCACUCCAGUUCCCACCACAACCUACGGAAACUCCGCGUCUUUUAUCGCACACGGUUUCUUCAUGACGUUCGCGUUCGCUAUCCUGAUGCCAUCUGCCAUCAUUAUAGCGCGUAUGUUCCUCGCAGCAGACCAAAUUUCGGACCCGCUACUGUACAGCACAACCGGCGAUGCGAACGGUUUGGCUGCUGGGCUGACCGCGAGCCUUUCCGAGCAGGACGAAGCGCGAAGGGCCCUGUGGUUCAAGGCGCACAUGAUCCUGCAAAUCGUAGCCGUUGUUCUCGUUUUCACAGGCGCGGUCAUUGCUCUGGUGACCAGUGGCCCUCGCGGGUUGGAUUACCUUCACGGGCAGCUGGGGCUUGCGAUUUUCAUCAUUGUGCUAGUGCUCCCCAUUGGAGGAUUCGUGAAGCCUUCGCGAAACUCCAGUUACCGUGUGUUCUGGCGUUUUGGUCACUGGUUUGUGGGGAUUGUCGCGGUGGUGCUGGGCUGGGUGAACGUGUUCCUCGGCCUCGACCGCUACACUACAAUGUUCUCUGGAAACCAGAAGGCGUACCUGAUUAUUAUCGGGAUUGCCAUCAGCGCGUUCGGGCUGUUCUACAUUGCACUUGUGAUUCGCGAUUACCUCUUCCGAUCCAAGUCUGAGGACAACCAGUUCAAGGCCUCUGCAGCCGCUCCUGCGAACGGUGCAGGCGAUGUGUAG